AUGAUCGCUCUUACUAGACGAAUCUUAAUUAAAAUUUUGCUUUCCCUUCUUUUAUUCGUUAUUAUUAUACGAUCCGCUCCCAUCGCUGUAUUUUUUAAUGAUCCGUCACAAACACUUGCCCUAAGGAACUUUAACAAACGAUUUAUUCCACCACUUAGUCCCGGAUACGGUCGUUUGAUCGGAUUGGGCCUGAAGAAAGUUCCUGUCGGUACAACUUCCGAUGAGUCAAGUAGUGAGGUUAGUCAAAGUUUCGGACAAGCCACUGAAAUUUCCGAUGAUUCAGUAGACGGCAAUAUGGUUCAUGGAAAUGGUUUAGGAAG